AUGACAGUUCAGGCGAGGAGACACUCCGCGGCCUACAAGAAACCGUCGCCGUACAACCACCACCCGCGAGCACAGGAUGCGGACAUUGAGAAACAGCCUCAUGUACGCCAAAAUUACCACCAUCACAAUAUAAGCGAUGAAGACGAGGAGUCGGACAGCGGGCCCGACCUGGCCUCCUCGUCCUACCCGCCCAUGAGUGGCGGCGCGCGCCGCUCUCGAGCCAACGUCGGAUUCCGUGUCCCCCAGCGGAUAAUGCGAUGGCUAUGCUUCGCGCUAUUCGCAGCCCUCGUCUUAUUUGUCCUCACUCUCUUCCGAUUCACCAUUUCCUCCUCCGUGUCCCAAGUCGCCGUCGACCUGCCAAAGGUCACAUCCACUAAACCGCCGCUAUGGGAGAGUUUCGCCAUGCUCAGUCGCUACGAAGGCGGUUUGUCGAGUCUCGUGGCUCGCAAGGAUAAUGUGCCUGAAUACCCCGGAGAUGACCCCGAUGGAUUGGCGCUGGAAGAGGACAAUGCGGAGAAGGAGGACGAAAACCCACUGGUUGCCCGAGACUCGAAGCCGUCCAUGUUGAGCUCGGUCUUCGACCCGUACCCCGACUAUACCAACUCUGACUACAUCAACAAGUACGGCGAGAAGCGCGAGUGCUUCUUGGACAAGGACAACUCAAUUCGCGUCCCGCGCAUCCAAUCCUUCCCUGGUGUUCCUAAAGGCUUCCCAGACCCCGUCAUGGGUUCAAAUGAGAUGCUAGGAAUACGCGACGAUGUUUGCUUUGAUCGAUUUGGACGCUUGGGACCAUAUGGUCUGGGUUACGGUGUGAAGAAGGGUGGCAGCGGAGCUGGGUUGGAAGGCCAUCGCGAUGGAGCUGAGCGCGUCUGGGAGGACGUGCCCCCCGUGGACUUCCGUCAUGUCGACUGGGCUGAUGCGCAACAUCGGUGCCAUGCCGCAAACCAGCAUCGCUUCAAGGAACUGCCCGAGCCGCGCAUUAACAAGUUCGUUUCUAUGCCCGUCGGGAUCCCCGGUGUAAACAUUGAAACGCCAGAGGACACUCGAGUAUCCCAGCCUCAGAGUGGCUCGGAACGUCUCCCUAGAACCGCAGUAGUUAUUCGCACGUGGCACGACUUCACUUACACCCCGGAGGAUAUUCUUUACAUGCGCGCUCUGAUUUCAGAGCUCUCGAUUCUUUCCGGUGGUGAAUACACGAUUCAUUUCCUCGUUCACGUCAAGAGCCCCGACCUCCAGAUCUGGUCCGACGACGAGACCUAUCAGCGCGUGCUGAACGAUGCACUUCCAGAGGAAUUCAGGGGGAUGGGCACCCUCUGGUCCGAGCAGCAGAUGGCUCUUAUGUACCCCGCGCUCGAAGAGACCUGGAUGCGUGGGCUGCCGGUCCACGGUGUUUACCGCAGUACCUACAUGCCCAUGCAAUAUUUCGCCUUCCAGCAUCCAGAAUACGACUACUUCUGGAACUGGGAAAUGGAUGCGCGUUACACUGGUCACUGGUAUGAUCUCUUUGAGAAGGUUGCCAGUUGGGCCAAAAAGCAGCCGCGCAAGGGUCUUUGGGAGCGCAACGCUCGAUUCUACGUUCCUUCAGUUCAUGGUUCAUGGGACGACUUCCGCCAAAUGGUUCGGGUGCAGACCGACAUCGGCACCAACAGUCCGAACAACCUCUGGAGCGCUGCUAAGGCCGCGACAGACAGCGCGAGGGGAGAGAAGAGCGCUUUGCUUCAACAAGGUGACAAAGCUAUCUGGGGUCCCGAACGGCCUGACGAGCGCGACAUCUUCGAGGUUGAAGGCGAGGGCAUCCCGCCAACGACCGUGGAGAAGGACCAGUACCAGUGGGGUGUUGACGAGGAUGCGGACCUGAUCGUGUUCAACCCUAUGUACGAUCCUGAGGGCACGACCUGGAUCCUCCGCGACGAUGUCACCGGCUACAACACGGAGAACAGCAUGCCGCCCCGCCGAACCGCCAUCAUUACCGCGUCGCGUCUUUCGCGGAAGCUUCUUACCACCAUGCACCGCGAGACUAGCCUUCGUCGCCACACGAUGUUUUCGGAAAUGUGGCCUGCUACCACCGCCUUGCACCACGGCUUCAAAGCCGUCUACGUGCCCCAUGCCGUCUACAUUGACCGCCGCUGGCCCACCAAAUACCUCGAGUCAGUGUUCAACGCUGGCCGCAACGGUGCCUCGGGCGGUGCACGGACCGCAGUAUUCGGUGACCGGGAACACAAUUUCAAGGGCACAACCUGGUUCUAUUCUGCCGGGUUUUCGCCGAACCUCUGGCGUCGCUGGCUUGGCCUGCGGGUCGACAAUGAUGGCGGUGAACAGCAGGAAUUGGCCGGCGAGGGCCGCAUGUGCCUGCCCCCUAUGUUGUUACAUCCUGUCAAGGAUGUCCAAAUGGUCAUCGAUGACGGUGAACAUGCAGAGGAUCGGUAA